AGCCCCACUUAUAAUAACAUUGACUAAGUUUGCUAUUGGUACACUUUACCUAAAAAUAAAAAUUAAACAUACUCACUACACAACCAUGCUCCAAGAGUUGCUCACAACAUGGUGAAUUGUUCUGUUACCUUAAAAAUGAUCUGCAGUCAUUCACUUAUGAACUCUCCAGACUGAUCCGAAGACGAUCAGUAAUCCAUCAUAAGUUGGAGUUUAGAGGCUUAAAGAUGUGUAGAACCAGUUGAACCACUACUGGUUCAAAUCUCCAGGGUUCACCAUAGAUACUAACCUCAACUUCAGUGGAUCACAAACCAUCACACAGAUGCAUAUCACACAUCCACCAUACAGUCCUGACCAUCCUCUGAACUGGUUCUUCACUCUACUCCUAUCAGACUGCAGAUACAGAACUGUAGUCUGGAAAAGGCUCAAAUGUUUUGUCCCCUCAGCUGUCAUCACAUUGAACAAACCCUUGUGACACUCAUUCAUUUCCUUGUGUUUCCUGUAAUCAUUACUGUUCAGAAAAACAGAGGGACAUCUGGGAAAUAUUGGGGAAAUGCCUUAUGUAUAUCUGCAGCUUGAAAUAUGUAAUGACUGUGAAAAAGAUCACUUCUACAGGACAAUGAAUGGUAAAUGGCUUGUACUUAUAUAUUACUUUAUCAAGACCAGAGUAAUCCAAAGCUCUUCACACUAGUCAUUCACCCAUUCACAAUCACACUCGCCUAUUGGGCCCUCUGAACCCCACCAGCAGGCAAGGCGGUUGAAGUGCCUUGCCCAAGGACACAAUGAUAGAGGCGGGUGGAGUGGACUAUCAAAUUAGCAACCCACUGAUUGCAGUGCAAACUCAUACUAAUAUCAUCCCACAAAGACUAUCUUUUUUGGCAUAACUGUGUUACUGCUAUGGAGUAUCUUGUUUUGUUAGAGGUUUGUGGUGUGAGUUACAGAACUGGGAUAGUGUGGGAUGCCUUGUGCAUAUCCCAUUUAGGAUCCUUUCUCUUAGAAACAGUAGCUUAACAGAUUGGUACAAUCCAUGUAAUGGACUAAUCAGAUAAAGUUAGUUCUUUUGCAGAAUAUUAAACUUCAUUAUAGGAGGCCACAACAUGUCUGCAGUUAGUCUGAAUGCAAAUGUAACCAAAUACAGGGCUAUUGUUUUAUGAGUGAACAGACCUUCACCUGCUGGCCUUAGCUUGAUAAGCUAACAGAGCACCCAAAUGUUUUAUAGCUCUGCCUAAUAAAAAGCUAUCUUUUACAUUUUCAUAUAUCAUGUCACUGUUCGGAAUUCAAAUUCCAAACAGUGACAUGAUAAAGUAGGUCUAUGUAGCAUUUCUUUAUGUAGCAAAGACAUAGAGACAUUAAGAAAUGUACUGUAUCCAUCCAUCUAUCCAUCCAUGUUACUGUUUUUAGUUGACAGACUGGACAGAUUUCCAGUUUAUCACUGGACAACAGAGACACAAACAGCCAUGGACUCAUCAAUGAUGCUGUCAGGAACGAUGAAUUGUGGAAGAAGAUGAAUCCAGAUGCAGCUUAGUUCGAAAAGUAAAAUGACUUUUAUUUUGUUAAGACUGGUACCUCUCCUAUGUACACGUUCUUAAACUUCACUGAGAGAGCAGCAAGCUACGCAAAUGAUCCCACCAACACCGGGGACAACCAGAGAACUUAAAUACACUGGAACAAACACAAUCAAGAAAACAAAACAGCUGAGAUAAUCAUGCCCAGGUAGCGGGCACAAAGAGACCUAAUUAGAACAAAAAAACACACCUCAUGACAGAUGCAGUAUUUAACUACAUCAAAUCUUCUACUCACUGAAUGUGCCAUGUUUACCGUCUAAUUCAAUUAAAAGCAAAGAAACAUGGUUGAUAAACAGAUUACUCUGUUACACUGUACAUUUAGUCUGUGGAAAGCAUCAUCCAUCUAUCCAUCCAUUUUCUUCCACCCUUAUCCCAUUGGGUUCAGGAGGUGCUGGUGCCUCUUGAGCUGUUAAAGGGCGAGAGGUGGGGUCACCCUGGAUAAGUUGCCAGUCUAUCACAAAAAGCAUCAUAGGAGUUAAAAUUUAUUUUAAACUCAAACAUUUUUAAGCAGAUGUUUGUGGGUUUUAAUUUAAUUAUUGUAAUUUAGACCAGUUUAUACUCAUGUAAUUGAACUUAAACCUUUGAGUUAAUUUAAAAGGAUGAAUUGGUAACAUCAGCCUUCUCUGUAUGCAGAUGACAAAGCAGAUCAGUGUCCGUCCUGUGAUUGGUGGCUUCCUGUCCAGCAGGAGGUUGUGAACAGAGUUUAAAAGCUGCUGCAGGACUGCAGACAUUCACAGAAAGCUGGACCAGCAAUGGCUCUGCUGAAGGUUCUGCUGCUGCUGGGGCUGGGUUUUCCACUCAACUCAGACUCGGUCUCACUGGAGAAGAGAAUCAUUGGAGGUCAUAACUGUCGUGAUGAAGAGCGCAGAUUUCACGUGAAGAUCACUCUGAAUGGGAGAUUACAGUGUGGAGGAUCUCUGAUCAGUAAUCAGUGGGUUUUAACUGCAGCUCACUGCUGGGAUCCCAAAGGUACUCUUGAAGCACAUUUGGGAGUUCAUCUUAAACGUGUUAAGGCGGAGAGUCAUAAAAUCACUCGCCAUGAGAUCUAUAAAGAUACCAAUAAUGACAAACAUGACAUCAUGCUCCUUAAGCUGCCAAAAGAAACAACAACAAUCAAACCUAUCAAACUGACUGAUUGUUCAAAACCUCUCGAAAUUGGCACUAAGGUUCAGAUCGCAGGUUUUGGACCAGCAAUAACAGGAUUAGAUAACAAACGAAUUGACCAUGAACCAGUUGAUCUUCAGUGUGCAGAAAUUAAGAUUUUUUAUCAUGGCAAAAAGAAACGUUCUUCUGAAGAAUAUCAGUACGAGCACUGGUCCUGUGCUAAAAGCUCUAUUAAGGACACAUCUUCAGGCGACUCUGGUGGAGGAUGGGUCUACCAGGACAAGCUGUAUGGGGUUCAUGUCCUAACUGGAGACAGACACAAAGCAUGCAGUGCGCCAGCUUAUUUCAUGGACAUCUGUGGCUACAAAAAGUGGAUAGAAGACACUAUUAAGACAUAAAAUCCACUGUGUCUGAAUUGUGCCUAAAUAUUUCAAGCAUCAUAAAAUCACAAAGCUCAAGUUAAUCUUUACAAUUUAGUUUUCGGUUGAUUCAUUUCUUGAUUUACAACAGAAUUAUUUGGGAAUUAAAGUUAUUGUGUACAAGUUAAUCUGUGAUAAUAUCUUCCUUCUCAAUAAGUAAAGCUGUUUGUAAUAAUCAGUAAUUAUAUUCACUGUCACAUGACCA